UAGUUUGUUCGUAUUGCUUCGUAUAUCAUAACCAUGAUAACCAAAACCAUUUAUAAAUACAAUAUCGCUUGAACGUUUGUUGUAAAUAGUACUAAUUUUGGUGAACGCUCAGGCUUAUCAAUCACAAUUUAUAAAUAUUGUGUUAUAUUUAAUGGAAUUAAGUAGUUGUUAAUUUCUCCUUUUGCAACAUUACGCGUGACCGGUUAUUUGUCAGUUUUAAGGUUAUAUUCUUUUUUAAAUUAGUGGAGUCUCACUAUGGAUGCGGAUCUAUAUGAUGAAUUUGGAAAUUACAUUGGUCCUGAUUUAGCCUCUGAUAGUGAAGAUGAAAACGAAUAUGGAAAUGCUGGAGAUGAUAUUGAUGAUAGAGAACGUUCAGAUGAGGAGAUGGAGGAGGAUAAAGAUGAAUCUAGAGAUCAAUUAGAACAAGGCAAUUCUAUGGCAGUUGUAUUGCAUGAAGAUAAAAGAUAUUAUCCUAGUGCAUUAGAAGUUUACGGACCAGAGGUUGAAACACUGGUGCAAGAAGAAGAUGCCCAGCCAUUGGACAAACCAUUAAUAGCACCGACCAGAAAACCCAAAUUCCAAAUAAAACAACAGCAACUUCCAGAUACAACAUACAGUAUAGAAUUUCUGGCUGAUAUGAUGGAUGCACCACAUCUGAUACGAAAUGUUGUUUUACUUGGUCACUUACAUCAUGGCAAGACCACUUUAGUUGAUUGUUUAGUAAGACAGACUCAUCCCUAUCUACACAGUGUGACAGAUGAAAAACCACUAAGAUACACAGACACGCUAUUUACGGAGCAACAGCGAGGCGUAUCAACAAAAGCAACACCCGUCACUCUGUUGCUGCAAGACGUGAAAUCCAAGUCUUAUCUUUUAAACAUAUUCGAUACCCCUGGUCAUGUAAACUUUUCCGACGAGGCGACAGCAGCCAUACGUUUAUCCGACGGUGCAAUAUUAAUCGUAGAUGCUGCUGAGGGUGUAAUGUUAAAUACGGAACGUCUACUGAAACAUGCGCUGCAAGAAAAGCUCGCGUUAACAGUUUGCAUAAAUAAGAUAGACCGACUAAUCUUGGAGCUGAAAUUACCACCGUUAGAUGCGUAUUAUAAAUUGAGACACAUCAUCGAAGAAAUCAAUGGACUGAUAGCGCUCUAUUCUGACAAUGAAAAUCCGUCCUUUGUGUCGCCGGCGAUCGGAAACGUUUGCUUCGCCAGUUCGGAGUAUAACGUUUGCUUCACCCUCAAAUCCUUUGCCGCACUCUACGCUAAGACACAUCUCACGUUAAACGCCAACGAGUUUGCGAAAAGAUUAUGGGGCGAUAUAUACUUCAAUUCUAAAACACGGAAGUUUACCAAGAAACCGCCACACAAUACGGCACAGCGCAGCUUUAUCGAAUUUAUUCUCGAGCCGUUGUAUAAAAUAUUCGCGCAGGUUGUCGGUGACGUCGAUACUACUCUACCCGAUGUGUUAGACGAAUUAGGCAUCAGAUUAACAUCAGAGGAAAUGAAGAUGAACAUCAGACCUCUAUUGAGGCUCGUUUGUACACGUUUCUUAGGAGACAUGUGCGGACUGGUUGAUAUGUGCGUAGCUCACGUUCCCAGUCCUCAAUCGCACGCACCUGUGAAGGUUCAGCACGUGUAUACAGGCCCGAUGGAUUCGCCUUUAGCACAGGAUAUGGUCAGAUGUGAUCCUGAUGGAAGGUUGAUGAUUCACAGCACGAAAAUGUACCCUACCGAAGAUUGCACACUAUUCGUAGUCCUCGGAAGGGUGAUGUCUGGUACCUUGGAAGCAGGACAACGCGUCCGAGUAUUGGGCGAGGCGUAUUCGCGCACCGAUGAAGAAGAUUCCCGUGUGCUUACCGUCGGCAGAUUAUGGAUCAGCGAGGCUCGUUAUUCGAUAGAGCUGAACAGAGUUCCAGCCGGCAAUUGGGUUCUCAUCGAGGGCAUAGACAGACCGAUCGUUAAAACGAGCACGAUCACCGAUCUCAACAGUUCGGACGACCUACACAUCUUCCGGCCGCUGAAGUUCAAUACGCAGAGUGUGAUCAAGAUCGCGGUGGAGCCUGUGAAUCCGUCGGAAUUGCCAAAAAUGCUGGACGGUCUGAGAAAGGUGAACAAAAGUUACCCUCUGUUGGGCACCAGAGUCGAAGAAAGUGGUGAACACGUGGUAUUGGGAACUGGAGAAUUGUACUUGGAUUGCGCGAUGCACGACUUGCGUCGCAUGUACUCGGAGAUCGACAUUAAAGUGGCGGAUCCUGUAGUUGCUUUCGCGGAGACAGUAGUGGAAACAAGCUCGCUGAAAUGCUUCGCCGAGACGCCAAAUAAGCGCAACAAAUUGACGAUGAUCGCCGAGCCGCUCGAAAGAGGACUCGCGGAAGACAUAGAGGCAGAACACGUUCGAAUUACGUGGAACAAGAAACGACUGGGAGAGUUCUUCCAAACAAAGUACGACUGGGAUUUGCUGGCUGCCCGAAGCAUAUGGGCGUUUGGUCCAGACGCCACAGGACCCAAUAUUCUAGUAGACGACACCCUUCCAUCGGAAGUAGACAAGUCGUUACUGAACAGUGCACGAGAUGCUAUCAUUCAAGGCUUCCAGUGGGGCACUCGCGAAGGUCCCCUCUGCGAGGAACCGAUUCGUAACGUGAAGUUCAAGAUCCUAGACGCAGUCAUUGCCCAAGAACCUCUUCAUCGGGGAGGUGGGCAAAUUAUUCCGACAGCGAGAAGAGUAGCCUACUCUGCUUUCCUCAUGGCGACACCGAGGUUGAUGGAACCUUAUUUGUUCGUCGAAGUCCAAGCACCGGCAGAUUGUGUGUCGGCCGUGUACACGGUAUUGGCCAAGAGAAGAGGCCACGUGACCCAAGACGCCCCCGUUCCCGGAAGCCCGUUGUACACUAUUAAAGCAUUUAUACCAGCGAUCGAUAGCUUCGGGUUCGAGACCGACUUGCGAACACACACGCAAGGUCAGGCGUUCUGCUUGUCCGUGUUCCACCAUUGGCAGAUCGUUCCCGGUGAUCCGUUGGACAAGAGUAUCACGAUUCGACCGCUCGAGCCACAACCGGCCACACACUUGGCCAGAGAGUUCAUGCUGAAAACACGAAGGCGGAAAGGCUUAUCGGAAGACGUAUCCAUCAACAAAUUCUUCGACGAUCCUAUGUUGCUCGAGUUGGCGAGACAAGAUGUGCUUCUUAAUUAUCCAUUGUAAUGAACAGUUGUUGUAAUAAUUCCACUGAUUAUUUAGUGUACAAACGUAACAUUAAAGAACUAAUUUUAUAUAAAAGCUGGUCUCCUUGUAUCCUCCUUGCUUCGCAUUAUCACGAUUAUUACGUGGGUAAAGACGCUUCGGCGAUAACAUAGAAAAUACAGAAUGGACAGAGAAUCGAAAUACAAAUAAAUGUAAUAAUUGCGUGUAAACUUCCUUGAACAUACGAGGCAUAUGAGCAUCGUUACCCAACCUAUAACGUCGUUAAAUAUUGCAAGUAUCACAGGUUAAACUACGAUUCUGAUAUGUUAGAGAUGCGGUUUGCUGAAGAAACGAUCGAUAGAAAGAUUGAUUUAUAAAAUCAAAUCGGAAUUUUGUCGAAUAGUAACGGGACGGUCGAGUAAAAGAAGACGUAGGUCUCGAAGGAAAAUGGCGAAGCUUAAAUCGAUAGCUGCACAGGAACUAAUGCGAGGGCGUGAAUCGUACCGAGGACCGUAUGGCGAAACACUCCUCUCGGACAUAUUGCUAACGCUUGUCUACCGUAAUGUAUGGAGCUCUUUCGUAUUCGUGUCGCUUCCAUAAUGACUCGACAAAGUACGAUUCCAUUGUGUGAGAACGGCAGAUGAAUUCUGAUAGCGCAUUCUUUCGAAAAUCGUCAGACGUAUGAUUUCAGAUAUUUUUCAAGCACUAGGAAUAUGACGAAAAGUGGGGCUAGAUUAAUCUACCUUGUGUACAUUUGGUCUUGUGAAAUAUCAAGGUUUGUUAGGUUAGGAUUUCUCAAAGAAGAUUGCUUUCGAUACGAUUAGAUGUCGGAGCGAUGUUCUGUAUGAACAGAACAAGGUUUUCAAUUAUUAAUUUUAGUGUUUAAAUUAUUGAUCAGUUUGUGAUAGAAAAUAAGAGCAGGAAUAAUAUAUUUGUAACGUGUAAUAUAAUUGUUUUGCAUAAACUAUUUGGAAAAAGGAAAAUUUCAAAUUACCUGAGAUUCUAAUAAGUUUAAAUUCACUAUCGUCCAUAGUAUUUUGUAUUACAAUUGAAAUAAAUACACUUUUAUUAAUUGA